AUGAAAGCGGUACAUCCCAAGCUCGAACUCACAGAGAGCCCUCCCCCGGACAUACCAAUCGCUUCAGUCAGUCUUCCUCCCAUCGACGGAAAUGCCAAGUCUAAUCGCCCAAAGCUCCAACCCGUGUCUGGUGAUACUGUCCUCAUCACCUACCUUGCCAACGGUCGUCUUCCCGAGAUAGCACAAACCGCGAGCCGCCAGGCGUUGGCUGGCGGCGAUGACCUUGAAGCCACCGAAGACGACGACGACUCUCAGAAGAGUCUCCCUCGAGACAGCAAAAACUGGGCCGAUGCCGACCAUGUCCAGCGGCCGCAGACCGCCAGAAGCGAUGGUGCACAUCAUCUCCAAGCUUUCGCUGCCGGGGCGUUAGCCGCCAGUGGAGAGCUCGAGUCGUCUUACCACGGCCAAGAUAAGCCCAGCUCUGACCUGACAGCCUCAACCGGCCAACUCUCCAUUCGUGACGACGUCCUGCCUAGCCCCAAACACUAUGUUAAAAGCCCACCACACAUGCUCGGCGGACGCCACAGCGCAACAGAGAAUGGAUCGCAGUCUUUAUUAUCGCCCGAGUCUGGCGAGCUGGCCCCCUUGCAGAUAGCCUCGUCCAAGUCCGAUAGUAAUAGCGGCCAGAAUAUGAGCCUACCGUCGAUUCGUGAAUUGAAUAUUGAGCGUCAAUUCCCGACAGAAAUACCACCACCAGCCGGCGACAGGGACCUGUCAAUGCGCCCACCUAGCGACGCGCGAGCGUUUUCUCGAUCCUCAAACGUAGGUGUCUCGCGCUUCCAGUCAAUACCUGCCGGUGGUCGUGUGUCACCCCCAAUCUCCCCCAGUGAAGCAUAUCAGCAGCGCAGCUUCCCGUCUCCCAGCUCCCUCGCCUCCAGCCCAUAUGGACCGGCCUCCAGCGGAUCCUCGCAUCGCUCUCCCGCCGAGUAUAUAAGCAACGCCUCCAAUAAGAACCUCCAACCCGCCUACGCUCUUGCCUCGCCGCCGGCUGCCAUCGCGUCUGUAGCGGAUCGUAUGAGCAUCGACGGACUGACGAAUCCCCAGGUUGGAGGCUACAAGUGCACGUUCGACGGGUGUACUGCUGCGCCGUUCCAAACUCAAUAUCUUCUCAAUUCCCACGCUAAUGUGCAUUCUUCAGCCCGCCCACACUACUGUCCCGUGAAGGGGUGUCCCCGCGCCGAAGGUGGGAAAGGUUUCAAGCGCAAAAAUGAGAUGAUACGGCACGGCUUGGUGCAUGAUUCGCCCGGAUAUGUCUGUCCCUUCUGUGCAGAUAGAGAACACAAGUAUCCAAGGCCGGACAAUUUGCAGAGACACGUUCGCGUACAUCAUGUUGAUAAGAAUAAGGACGAUCCUCUGCUGAGGGGUGUAUUAGCACAGCGUCCAGACGGUCCAAACCGAGGCCGACGAAGAAGAGGACCACAGCCCUAA